AUGGCUACACACCUCCUCUUCGAAUCCGCGACCGGCCUGUCGCUCUUCACGUCCGAGUUUGCCGAGGAGAUUGGCAAGUCGGCCAAGUCGGUGCAGGACUCGAUUGACGACCUCAGCAAGUUCGGCAAGAUGGUCAAGCUCGUCUCGUUCGUUCCCUUUACCGAUGCCGCACACGCUCUCGAGGUUGCCAACGACGUCUCUGAGGGUGUCGUCCACGAGUUCCUCCAGGGCCUCCUCGAGCUCAACCUCGGCAAGAAGGCCGGCGUCGUGCUCGGUGUCGAGGAGCGCGGUCUCGCCUCGUCGAUCAAGGGCACUCUCGGCAUCGAGUGCGACGCGUCGGACCGCACGCUCGAGGUCCUCCGCGGCAUCCGUCUCCACCAGGAGAAGCUCCUCGCCGGCCUCGAGUCGGGCGACACGAAGCGCUCGCAGCUCGGUCUCGGACACGCCUACUCGCGCGCAAAGGUCAAGUUCAACGUCAACCGCUCGGACAACAUGAUCAUCCAGGCCAUUGCCCUGCUCGACCAGCUCGACAAGGACGUCAACACCUUCGCGAUGCGCGUUCGCGAGUGGUACGGAUGGCACUUCCCCGAACUCGUCAAGAUCGUUCCCGACAACUACCAGUACGCCAAGGUCUGCCACCUCAUCGGCGACAAGGCGCAGAUCACGGACGAGACGGUCGAGCCCCUCACCGAGCUCCUCGACAACAACGAGACGCUCGCGCGCAACAUCGUCGACGCCGCCCGCGCCUCGAUGGGAACCGACAUCUCCGAGGUCGACCACCUCAACAUCAAGAAUUUUGCGACCCGCGUCAUUCACCUCUACGACUACCGCAAGAGUCUCCAGACCUACCUCUCGGAGAAGAUGAGCGUCGUUGCGCCUAACCUUGCCGCCCUCAUCGGCGACACCGUUGGCGCCCGCCUCAUCUCGCACGCCGGCUCCCUCACCAACCUCUCCAAGUACCCUGCGUCGACUGUCCAGAUUCUCGGUGCCGAGAAGGCCUUGUUCCGCGCGCUCAAGACCAAGGGCAACACUCCCAAAUACGGCUUGAUCUACCACUCAACCUUCAUCGGCCGUGCGCAGGCGAAGAACAAGGGCCGAAUCAGUCGAUUCCUUGCCAACAAGGCAUCCAUCGCUUCGCGCGUCGACUGCUUCUCCGACUUCCCCAGCACCAAGAUCGGCGAGGCGCUUCGCGACCAGGUCGAGGAGCGACUUGCGUUCUACGACACCGGCUCGAACCCUACCAAGAACGCAGACGUCAUGAAGAAGGCGCUCGAGGCGGCCAAGGCUGAGGCUGCCGAGCACGGCGGUGCGGACGCGAUGGAUGUUGACGAGGCGCCUGCGAAGGAGGAGAAGAAGGAGAAGAAGAAGAAGCGCAAGUCGGAGGCUGCUGGUGAGGAGACUGCGGCCGCGGAGGAGGGGUCGCCGAAGAAGAAGAAGAGCAAGAAGUCGAAGGACGAGGGCGAGAAGCUGUCAAAGGAGGAGAAGAAGGCUCUCAAGAAGGCGAAGAAGGAGGGCAAGGCAUCCAAGGCAUGA